AUGAGUUCCGCAUCCGACUACAAGCAUUCCGAACCGUCAGAAGAUUCCAGCGAUGAAAGUCCACGACCGCCUACACGACCAACAUCGCGCCGCCAGUCGCCUACGUCGCACACACCGCGCAAGCGACGUCGUCUAGAGUCGAUCGAUCCUGCCCGCGUACGCAAAUACUACCUCGAGGGAAAGUACAACGACGCCUACCGCGUGCUCUUCAACGAGGACGUGAGUCGGGCUGCUGCGCGCUUUGAGACGGAUGCCGAAAGCUUCCAGUACUACAACACACAAAUAGGCGCUUCGCAUUGGUCAGCACGGGAACAGGCUGUUUUCUUCGCGGCUCUUGAGCGAUUGGGAAGGGACGACGUGGCUGGCAUAGCAAGAGCGAUUGGGACCAAGAGCAUACCAGAGACGCAGGAGCUGCUACUAUUGCUUCACGAUGCGGCCACUAGACAGUGUGACGCCAAGGUGACACUCCGCGACGUCCCUGCUGCCAUCGACGUAGGCGACGAGUGCAACGAGCAGCUGGAUCUUGCGGGUGAAGCCCUGGCGUGGAUGCAGGAGGUCUUUGAGGCCAGCCAGGAGCGAGAAAAAUUCGGCGACUACUGGCUGAUCACGCCUGCUGUGGCUGACAAGAUCGAGAGCGCGCACGACACUGGCCGUGACCGAGCGACCACAUCACCGCCUACCAGCGAGCCAGAACCGUCACGGAGAGGUGGAAGAGUCGUCGUAGGGUAUGCAAGGCCUACCAAAUUAAGUAACAGCAUGCUGACGUAUCACAGAGCAUGUGUCUCAUGCAAAAAGUUCAAGCAAAAGUGCGAUCGAGCAACACCAUGCGCCAACUGCGUACGACGAAAUACGGGUGAAUGCAUAUAUCCCGAACAAUCUCUCGAACCAGAGGCAGGCGAUCGGUCUGACAAGAAGCCGGCCAAGAGAAAGCGCGGCAUCCUCGAGGAUAUACCAGAAGCCACCCUAUUAGAUCCACAGGUCAUGCUCACUCUCUCCAAGACCGUCUUCAUGAACCGCUCGCCUACGAUACCAUCCCCUUGGCCACAUUGGUCCGAAUACACCUCGGAGCUGGCUCGAGAACCAAGCAUCUACCGGACCGCCUUCAACGACUUGCACACACUUGUUGUCUCCGUCACCAAGCGACUCGUUCAGACCGCUCUCAUACAGGCUACUUCACGGCUCCGAUCACAAAGGCACCGUGUGAAAGGCGGUAUUCCUCUAGUAAAGAAGAGGGAUGUUCUGACCGCCAUCGAUGUCGUGGGUAUGCAGCAGAAUGGUCAAGAAAGAUGGAAGGGGGUAGCCCGACGAUGUGCGCUGAGAGUAUACGACGGCAAAUGGUCCCGUUAUCGACGCAACAAUACCAAACGAGAGGUGCCUUGGGAUGAGGUCGAGCAAAUCAUGGCCCCAGCGGAGCCUGAGCCUCAAACGACAGAUGCAGAAACAUCUGGCAAUGAGACUCCCGAUUUCGGUGCAAGAGCCAAGCGGAGCGGAACCCCACUUCCCUUUGAUCAACUCGCCCUGUCAGAUUCAGAUGAAGAAUCACUUGUGGGAGAAAGCGAACCUCCUUCCCGAAGCACGUCUCAGUCGAGAGAUGUUGCGAAUCAACCCACAAGUCCAACUCCCAACAUGGUACCUGAGAAGCCUGGACCCCGCAAGUUGACCCUGGGUGAGUUCGAUCGAGAGACGAGUCGAAGGGAGGAGCACGCCCUUUGGGAUUUGCUUGGUCUUGAGCCAACCGUCAAACUUGAAGAAGUCAACAUCAGCGGAGAGAGCGAUGAGGAAGAUUCAGAAGAAGGCGAAAAGGUUACAACAUUUCCCGACGGUUGGCGCUCCUGGACACCCUGGCGUACCGAAUGGGAGGAAUUUGACACUCUACCAUCUGAAACUGCCUUUCUUGCAAACCAGAAGCCUCUUGAUGUGCCACCCAUCCUUCAAGGGCACAGCUCAGACACUGCCGAGUCUAGCUCCGACGAUGAGACCGACGCACCAACGCAAAAGCCGAGGCAUCAGAGCAAGCCGUCCAUUCAGCAAACGGUCGAGCUACAGACCCGCGGCACCCAUGCCUAUGCUGCGUUACAAGGUCAAAGCUCAAAGCCCGUUGGGUCUCCAAGCGAAUCGAGCUCCCAAGACGAUGAUACGAGUGAUGACAAUGCACAAGACCACGGUCUACCUCAACCCCCCAUCGACGAUACUAGGGUGGAAGUUCCUACAUCAGAAUCAAGCGAUGAUUCGAGUGAUAGCAGUGAUUCGGAGUCGCAACGGCCGGCGCAGUCUAUUGAAGACAAUAAGAAACCGACCCCGAGCGUAGGAUCGAGCGAAGUAAGCACCGACAUAGAAAUGGACCAGCCUGUGCGGUCCAUUGAGCCUCGCAACACUAGAGUUCCCGCGCCGGAUUCAGACGACGAGCCGAAAGAGAUGGAUUGGGAGAGCUUUAUCCAUUAG